AGUAGCCCUUCUGCAGCCGCCAUAUUCUGUGACAGUAUUUUGAUUCGUAUCUGCUGGAAGUGAGGAAAAAGAGAAAAGUGAAGGGCUGUCGAGGGGAGGGGGGGCACAAGAAGAGGAGCUGUCAAAAACCUAUUCCCGAGUCUCUGUCAAACAGCGGAGGGCUGAAGCUCGCCUUCCCUCCCCUAGCGUUUGUUUCGAGGACACAGAAGGCCCGGGGCCUCGGUGCACUGGGCUCUCCGUCUCCCUGGUAGUAGCUGGACCCCUCUCGGCUUCUCCUCUCCCAGCUCCGCGGCCCUCCGGAGGUCCAGCGGCGGUCUCGGGUGUUCAAGGCGGCCCGGGGAGCGGCGGCGGCGGCAGCGGAGGAAUGGAAAUGUUCAAGAUGAAGGCGCUUUGCUGAGACGACUGAUGCCCCAGUGCGUUGAACAGAACAAGCAAUCCUGACCUGGCAACAUACGAAUGGCCCAGGGAAGCCACCAGAUUGAUAUUCAGGUUUUGCAUGACCUGCGCCAAAAGUUCCCUGAAGUCCCAGAGGGUGUUGUCUCCCAGUGUGUUCUACAGAACAACAAUAAUUUGGACGCCUGUUGUGAAUACUUGUCCCAGGUCAGUCCGGGCUACCUGUACAGUGAAGAAGGAAACCUAAGCUUUUCUGAAUACCCCGCUAUUACCGGGAUCCGUAAUCACAUGACCCAGCUGAACCUGGGCCUGCAGUCUCAGAAUGUGCAUGUGGCCCCAGUGCGGGACGGCCUGAGGAUGAACGGUAGCCGGACUCUGGCCCACAGCCUGAGCGACGGGCCCCUCCAGACAGGCCAGGCCCCCAACAGUGACUUCUUUCAGCAGGAGCCCCAGUCAGCCCCGGUGCAGGUGCCCUCCAGCCUCAAUGUGUUCGGUGUGAUGGAGCCCACGCGCAAACCGCAGCCUCCGCAGCACCUGGGCCUCUACCCUCUGGGCGUCAAAGGAGCCCAGCAGACGCCGCGCUUCAACCCCAUCACAGUGACGCUAGCGCCGAACAUCCAGACGGGCCGGAACACCCCCACUUCUUUGCACAUACACGGCGGUCCGCAGUCGGGCCUCAGCAGUCCACAGGGUAACUCUAUCUAUAUCAGGCCCUACGUUAGCCAGUCCGGUACGAGCCGGCAGAGCCAGCAGCAGGGGGGCCGGGCCCAGUACAGCCCCACGUCUCAGCCCCCGCAGCAGAUCUACCAGAUCUCACACCCGUCCUCCCUGUCGGGCUCCUGGUCAGGCCCUCAGCAUGCUUCCUCCUCACAUACCUCACAGCACCAGACCCAGGGCCACCAGACGUCCCACGUCUACAUGCCGAUCAGUUCCCCCACAAACCCCCAAGCGCCGUCUUUCGUCCCCUGCGGCAGUCAGGCCUCAUCCUCUGGCGUCUCCUCCUGCUCCUCCUCCUCCUCCUCCUCUGUCAUGCCCACCUCCCUGUCCACCAUCAGCCAGUACAACAUCCAGAACAUCUCGACCGGCCCCCGCAAGAAUCAGAUCGAGAUCAAACUUGAAUCUCCUCAGAGGAGCAACUCCACAACCACGACCGCCGUGCUGAGGACGAGCGGCGGGCCCCGGUCCUCCUCCACCCCUUCCUCCUGCCCUUCCUCCUCCUCAUCUUCAAGCGGGGUGGCUUCUGUCCCUAGCACCCCUCUCACCAUUGGAGGCCCGGGUCUGAGCCGCAGCCAGCCCACUGUUUACAUCUCUGCCAGCCCCCCCACUGCUGCUACCACUCCCUCCGAAGAGGCCAUCGUGGCGUCCGCCGGCUCCCGCUCACAGCCCAAGUUUUACAUUUCAGCCAACACCUCCAGCGACGACAGCGGGGUCAGGAACCCUCCCACAGUCUACAUCUCAGCCAACCCUCCUUUGCAAGGGGCCUCGGGGGCCAGGAACAUGGCAGGCCAAGUGAGCAUGGGCCCCGCCUACAUCCACCACCAUCCGCCAAAGUCCCGCGCCUCAGUGGGAGGUGGAGGCACAGCUUCCUCGCCACGCGUGGUGGUAACUCAGCCCAACACCAAGUACACUUUUAAGAUCACAGUGUCUCCCAAUAAGCCCCCCGCCGUGUCCCCUGGAGUUGUGUCCCCUACUUUUGAGCCCAACAACCUCCUCAGCCUGCCCCCGGACCACCACUUUGUGGAGCCAGACCCCCUCCAUCUGUCAGACCCGUUGUCACCUCACAGGGAGAGGCCGACUGAGCCUCGCAGACUCAGCAUGGGCUCUGAUGACGCAGCAUACACACAAGCAUUGCUGGUCCAUCAGAAGGCCCGCAUGGACAGGCUGUGGCACGAGCUGGAGCUCAAGAAGAAAAAGCUGGAGAAGCUAAAAGAGGAGGUCAACGAGAUGGAGAAUGACCUGACCAGGAGACGGCUGGAGAGGUCUAACUCGGCCUCCCAAAUUCCUUCAAUCGAGGAAAUGAAGCAGUUGCGAUGCAAAAACAGGUUACUGCAGAUCGACAUCGACUGUCUCACCAAAGAAAUCGAUCUCCUUCAAACAAAAGGACCACACUUUAAUCCCAGUGCAAUCCAUAAUUUCUAUGACAACAUUGGAUUCCUCGGUCCGGUUCCACCCAAACCCAAAGGUACUUUAUCUAUCGGGUCAGACCGGAGAGGAUGUAGAUAUAACGUGACCUCUGAACUCCUGAUGGAGCCGUCCUCUGGUCCUUCCCCUCCGCUGUCACUCGACCCGAGCAGUAAGAGUGUGAAGUCCGUGGCCGACCAGGAGGAGGACGAGGGGACGCAGUGGAGCUGCACCGCCUGCACCUUCCUCAACCACCCCGCCCUCGACCGCUGUGAACAGUGCGAGUUCCCGCGGCACUUCUGAGCCAAUGAGGCACUUCCCUCCUCCUCUGCCCCGCCCACCUGUCUGUCUGUCUGUCUUCUUCUUCUUCCACACUAGAAUAGAACAACACCCGUCUAUUCCUUUUUUUUUCGUAGGCGUAGUGUUGUCCCACUCUGCGUCCGGUUUGGGGGAUGCUGUCCACUGAAGGCUGGACUGGACGGUGUUUCUACUACAGGCAGGCGGAGGCGGACCGUACCUCACCUUUAGAGACUCAUGGGGUCACCUCCCUCUCCCUUUUUUUUUUUUUUUUUUUUUUCUCUGCUCAACGGGGAUACCUCGCUGCUCCCCUCCACUCCACUCCCUGUUACAGUAUUAUCAGUGUGGCCCUGCAGUGUGACGGCACACACACACACACACACACACACCUACACAAACACACAACACAGGUGCCAACGUGCCAUUUUUUUUUUUUUUUUUUUUUGCUGAUUUUUAUUCUUUUGUUUGUUUUUCUUCCUGUGCGGCGGCCUGACCGAGGUGGAAAACAGGAACUGUGGUCGGCCGCCACUCUCCACCUGAAGGGAAAACUAACAGACUACUUCAUGGACUUUUUAAGAAAAAAAAAAAAGAAAAGAAAAAAAAAAGUUUGCUGUUUCUAGAAGAUGCCAAAAAGGGGGAAAAAAGCGCGUCGGUAUCGCUGCCGCCACACCGCCGCUGCUCACAAGUGCCUGUCGUCCUCCCCUUUUCCCUUUUUUCUCUGAUCAUGAGUUAAUGAAAUAAAACGAAAAUAAAAAGAAACUAACUUGCAUGCUUUGUGUACAGAACACAGAGGCAGAAACUCUCCUUGAGCUUUUUACUGUACAUAAUGUUAGAAUGUGCCUUAAAAGCCUUCUUCCUCACACUAUGAAUCACUUGUAUUUCCUGUAAGUAUAGCUUUAUAGACUUUAUUAACUUUUUUUUGUCUUGUUUUGUUUCCCUCUUUUCAAAACAUAAAGCACCCUGCUCCAUUUUUAAGCUUUUGUACUUGAUUUCUGCGAGAGUUGAAGCCUUGCAGAGCAACGGAAAACACCUUUUUUUUUUUGUUUGUUUGUUUGGCAGUCAUCAUGAAGCUUCCGGUGUCCGUUCAUCGCUUCGUGGAAAAUCACGGAGUUUUUUCCCCAUGUACGAUCUGCAAAUGCAGCAAAGAGGAAGGCGAUGGAGGAAUCUUGUUUUUGUUGUUUUUCUUUUUUUUUUUUUUUUCCAGGAUGCCAAAUAACAUCAGGACUGUCAGGAAAGUGGGAAGGAAAAGGGGUUUCUCACACACACACACACACACACACACACAAAAGCAAAAACUGCCAUCUUAUCUGACAACUGGAAUGUAGGUUUAAGGUUUGGGACGACGACACCUCAGUGCAGAGACACUAAAUCUUCCAGUACUAUCAGGGUGUCACCUCAGAUUGAUGUAAAUGAAAAAGAAAAAAAAAACCUCUCCUGGAUCAUCUUUUUUUUUUUUGGAUUCUAAAGUCAGUUUCUUCUGUGCACCUGAAUUGGUUGGUUUUUCAUGAGGUACCAAAGAUAUUUUCUGUUCUAAAAUAUCCUUUCCGUGUCCCGUGCCUUUCAACACAACAGCUCAGAAUUUUUACAUCUCGGAAGCAGACAAGGCAAAAAAAAAAAAAAAAAAUCCUCUUGAUAUUAGCUAAAUGUAAGCACAA